AUGGCCAACCGAGCCGCCAAAUCUCCUGCUCGCCAGGCCAACACCAAAGCUACCACCAAGCCUACAGGCUUUGCUUCAGAGGGUGUCGAGAACAACGAUGUCACGACACUCAAGUCCAACGAUUGGCUGAUUUGCAGUACCCUGACUGUUGUCGCCCUCUUCGUGCGCCUGUUCCGCAUCUCCCAGCCCACCAGUGUCGUCUUUGACGAAGUCCAGUAUNNCUUCGGUGGUUUCGCUUCCAAGUACAUCAAGGGCAAGUUCUUCAUGGACGUCCACCCUCCGUUGGCCAAGCUUCUCAUCACUCUCGCUGGCUGGCUGGCUGGCUUCGAUGGCGAGUUUGAUUUCAAAGAUAUCGGCAAGGACUACAUCGAGCCCGCCGUCCCAUACGUUUCCAUGCGCCUUCUUCCUGCCCUCAUGGGUGUCGCUACGAUCCCCAUCAUGUUCUUGACCCUCAAGGCUUCGGGAUGCAAGACUGUUACUGCUGCCAUGGGCGCCGGCUUGAUCCUCUUCGAGAACGGCCUUGUCACCCAGUCCAGACUCAUUCUGCUCGACUCUCCUUUGGUCAUCUUUACCGCUCUGACCAUCUUCGCCUGGACCUCUUUCACCAACCAGCACGAGCAGGGCCCCUCAAAGGCUUUCACUCCUAGCUGGUGGUUCUGGUUGGCCUUCAGCGGUGUCGCUCUCGGUGCCACCGUCAGUGUCAAGUGGGUUGGACUCUUCACCAUCGCUUGGAUCGGCAGUCUUACCCUUCUCCAACUCUGGGUCCUUCUGGGCGACACCAAGACGGUCACUCCUCGUCUUUGGUUCAAACAUUUCUUUGCCCGUUUCUUCUGCCUGGUCGUCAUCCCUGUUUCCUUCUACAUGAGCAUGUUUGCCAUCCAUUUCCUCUGCCUGGUCAACCCCGGCGACGGUGAUGGCUUCAUGUCUUCCGAGUUCCAGUCUACUCUCAACAGCAAGGGUAUGCAGGAUGUGCCUGCUGAUGUCGCUUUUGGCAGCCGUGUCUCGAUCCGUCACCACAACACUCAAGGAGGCUACCUGCACUCGCACACCCACAUGUACCCCACUGGCAGCAAGCAGCAGCAGAUCACCCUGUACCCCCACAAGGACGAGAACAAUGUCUGGCUCCUCGAGAACCAGACCCAGCCCGUCGACCUCGAUGGUACCGAAAUCAAGACCCCCUUCGCAUGGGACAACAUCGAGCCUACUUUGAUCGAGGACGGCGCCGUUCUCAAGCUCUACCACGUCAUCACCGACCGCCGCGUCCACUCUCACGAUCACCGUCCUCCCGUCACUGACGCUGACUGGCAGAACGAAGUUUCCGCAUACGGCUACGAGGGUUUCGAGGGUGAUGCAAACGAUCUCUUCAAGGUCGAGAUUGUCAAGCACUUGUCAGACGGUGAAGUCGCCAAGAACCGUGUCCGUACCAUCGAGACCAAGUUCAAGCUCGUCCACAUCAUGACCGGCUGUGUUUUGUUCUCGCACAAGGUCAAGCUUCCUGACUGGGGCUUCGAGCAACAAGAGGUGACUUGCGCCAAGGGUGGCACUUUGCCCAACAGUAUCUGGUAUAUUGAGAGCAACGAUCACCCUCAACUCAAGGAAGACUCGGAGAAGGUCAACUACCGCAACCCUGGUUUCUUCGGCAAGUUCUGGGAGCUCCAGAAGGUCAUGUGGACCACUAACGCUGGACUCGUCGAGUCUCACGCCUGGGACUCUCGUCCUCAGUCAUGGCCAAUCCUUCGCCGUGGUAUCAACUUCUGGGGCAAGGACCACCGUCAAAUCUACCUCAUCGGCAACCCCCUUAUCUGGUGGUCUUCGACUGUCUCUGUUCUUGUGUACCUGGCUUUCAAGGCACUAGCUGUCUUGAGAUGGCAGCGUGGAUACAAGGACUACAACAACGUCCCUUUCAAGAGAUUCGACUACGAGGUUGGCACCAGCGUUCUCGGCUGGGCUCUUCACUGGCUUCCCUUCUUCCUCAUGCAGAGACAACUCUUCUUGCACCACUACUUCCCUGCCCUCUACUUCGCCAUCAUCGCCCUCUCUCAGACAUACGACUUCAUCACUGCUCGCGUUCCUGCUCUUGGUCUGCGUCAGCGUCCUGUUAUUGGAACCGCUGGUGCAGCCAUCUUCUUGCUCCUCAGCAUCAGCAUCUUCUACAUGUACUCUCCUGUCGCAUACGGAAAUGCCUGGACCAAAACAGACUGCGCAAAGGCCAAGCUGUUCGAGACUUGGGAUUGGGACUGCAACACCUUUUACGACAGCACGUACGACAGAACGCUCGCCGCUGCCAAGCCCACAUCAGCAGCAGCAGUCGCAUCCCCUGCCGUCCAGUUCUCGCACGAGGAGGUUCCCGAGGCUCAGGUGACCAACCGCGUGUUGGCUGGUGAAGAGAAGAUCGAAUACCGUGACGAAGCUGGUAACAUUCUUAAUGAGGAGCAGGUCAAGGAGCUUGAAGGCAAGGUUUCGUUCUCGACACGCUACGAGACUCGUACCAGACUGGUGGAUGCCAACGGUAACGAAGUUUCGGAUGGCAGAGUGGAAGAGGAAGUGGAGAGCUUUGCAGGAACAAUCGCCGAAGGCGCCAACCAAGAAACUGGUGGAGUGGCUCAGGAAUCGGCCAACGAGCAGCCUGCCAGCGUCAAUGUCAACGACGAUGUUGAGAAGGAGAAGAGCAUCGAGGCAAGCACCGCAUCCGCAGAACCAGAAUCGGAUGCUGGUACAGCCACUGGCAGAGACGAGCUCUAA